AUGUUGAACUACCUUCGCAACAUCAUCCGCAACAGCGCUGGCCGUGUGAGGUUACUGUCUCCUAUCGACCGAGAAACUCUCUGUGACCGAGUUGCUCUCACUCACAAUACCAUGCCGUUAGGAGGAUAUGUAUAUUGUGUGCGUGAUCCGGUGUUGCGCUACUUAUGCCCAGAUCUUCUAUCCUACGGCCAUUUCCGAACUCUUGGUGCUUCGGCGGCCAUCAAGGUUGAGGUUCCCGAGUUUCCCUACCGAAUCUGUCGGCAGGCUAGACAAGUUUAUCUUUCCGAGGCCUGGUCGCGUAUCAAGAAGACCAAUGCGGAUGUUUGCCCACGACUGCGUGCUGGUUACGUUGAUCGGGAUCCCGGUCGCACGGUUCUGGUCUAUGUCCCUACUUCUCGCAAGCUCGCUCAGCCUUUCGUGAUCGCCCACGUCGUACAACGUAUUAACGACCGUGUGGAGGUCGUACACCCUACUGGAGCCCUCACUAAGGAGCUUGGCUACAAUGUGGUUCCUUUAUCUCGACAUCCUACAGACUACACUACUCGCGAGCAGGGCCCAGUCUUAUCGAUCUACGGCUUCGAGUGCGGGUUAUUGACGCUUCUGGACAAGGCGAGUGGUAUGUAG